AUGCCCGCCGAAUCCGCCCCACCUCCCCAAGCCGGGCCAGCAACACCCACAGUCUUUCCUCUCUCUGGGUCCAAUAUCAAAUGCUCACACUGCGGCGGAACAAGCCUGCCGUCCUUAUCGGCCGCAUCCCGCGCGGGCGGGGAAGGGGAGGGCGUCAUCAUCCUCGAUGAAGAGAUCGAGCGGGUGUGCGCCUCGUGUUGGCGUGCACAGGUCAGCCCGGAUGGCGGACCCGAUAUGAGGGCGGGGGAGGAGCAAUAUGAAGAGGGAGAGCGGAGGUUAGAGGCGGAUAUAAGCAGUAUUGGGCUGGGAUUGAGGGGGAUGACCGUCAAUCCGGUGGAAGAGGAGACGAGCCCCAGGGACGGUCAGGCGCAGGUACCACAAGCUGCGGCGGUUGGCGUCGGGGACGCCGAGUACUCUCCGCCGAUGGUGUAUGCUCAGCCGGUCCCGAUUGCUUCUACCCCGGCACCCGCUGGUCCGCAGCAUGGCGGACUGCUCUCGCACUCGCUCCCUUCUCAGCACACUCGACCGUGGGUCACCCAGCCGACUCGAGUGUCGCCCAUCACGGAAGAACGAGGCGGUUUUUCUGCUACCCCCGCUCCGACUUCUUACAAGGAAGACCGGCCAUAUAAUCCUUUAUUGGACAUCACGUCCGCCCGAGUAUCCAACCGCGGUCGAGGCGCAUUGUAUCCCGGCUCAGUCUUUAAAGGCACCCAAACGAGCGGGAGGAGCGCAUACGACGUGGAAGUCCGGUUCAUCGACGUCAACUUCCCCGAAUCCUCCGUAUCAGGCUACCUCUCCAUCUCCCACCUAACCGACACCCACCCGCACCUCACCACCUUCUUCACCGGCGAGAUCAUCGGGCCUCGAUAUGGCUUCAUCACGGGUCCGCGAUAUGGCGCGACCGAGCACGACGAUAUGCGCCAUUGGGGCCGGUUUGAGCAGUUUCGCCGGCCCGCCACACGGGGCGAUAUGAUCCGCCCAGAGUUGUUGUUUAGGGAUCCGGUGCCGAGGCCUGGGACCGGAGGCGCGGGGAGGGUGACAGGGAUGGAGAGGGAUUUUGUGUUUUUGAGGAUUAAAGAAAGGUUCUUGGUUCCGGAUCAUACGGUGAAGGAUAUCAGCGGGGCGAGCUUUGCGGGGUUUUACUUCGCGAUGAUCGAUCUGAACCCUACCUCCGCUUCAGACCCACCACUCUCGCCUACCUCCCCUCUCCCCAAAUCGCCUCCUACCCUCCCCCCACCUCCACUCUCACCUACCACAUCCAACUCGCAGUACUUCCCGACGAUGUCACUCCCGACCCCCUCGGCUCAAAGGCGGCAGAGCACGGGACCUCCCGCUCCCGCUCCAGCUUUGGGGCUGACUUCGACUUCGACUUCGGGGUCGGCGGGAGGGUUCGGGGGUCUACCUUCGCAUCCGACCUUUACGAUGCCGCGCCCUGCUGUUCGGAGGAUGUCUAGUAAUGGGCCGGGACCGAGGAGUCCGGGUUUGGACAGUGGGCCGGGAGCCGGGGUAGGGACGGGUGCCAGCGAGAGGAGGAGAAGGAGGGAAAGUAGUGGAGCGGUACCGGGAAGGGGGGAGAGGGAGCCGCAAAGAGAGGCGACUAUUCGAGGGUAUUACUUCCAUUCGCUGAAUCAAGAGCCGUUCCAGGAGCUUUUUCUUACGCAUGUCCCGAAUAGGAGCUCGGGGACUUAUGAGAUGCGGUGA